AUGUUCACCCUAAGGAAACGAGCAGAGGCCGAGUUGCCGAAGCCAGUGCCCUCGAGCUCCGCUUCCGAGACUCGAAGCAGAAGUAGCAAGAAGGGUCCCGGCUUCUUCCUCUAUGCUGUCGGCGCUCUGGCGAUCAUGAUAUGCUUCGAGACCUACUGGACCAUGAACGCGAUGGGGGUCUCGCUAAUCGACUACGUCGGGAACUCCACCGUUGUGGAGGAGACGAUCAACAUCGACUUGAUGGAGACAGCGCUGAUCUCCGAGGGGAAGCCUGCUACCUCCGACGUCGACGGGAACCUUGGGAAGGCGCAGGUGGUGACGUCAGAGUCCGUUGCGGUAUGA